AUGAGUAAACAGUCGGAUCAGCUCACCGACGUCUUCAUAUCGGACGAGGUACUAUUGAUGUGCCAUAACUUGGCGCUGCUCACGGAAAAGGAAGAGGUUGCCGCUCUACUCAUCGGCCAGAAAAUAAUACACGAGAACGGGACCACUGUAUCUGUGACUGCGCUAUCGAUACCGCCCCGGGGAGAGAUCAAGAAGGAUCGCGUGGAAAUCAUGUCUGAAGACUUGGUAAACGCUAUGGAAGAUGCCAAACACUUCUCCCGGGUCAAAGGCGCUAACUUGAAUGUUAUUGGCUGGUAUCAUUCACAUCCUCACAUCACUGUGUGGCCAUCUAAUGUCGAUUUGCAAACUCAACUGAACUUACAAAACAUGGAUUCAUGUUUUAUUGGUAUAAUUUGUUCCUCGUAUAAUACAGAUACUACAACAAUGAUGAAAGAAAUGAAAACAGUAUGCUUUCAAGCUAAACAAAUAAGUGGUACAGUGCACAGAAUAGAUGUUAAAUUUCAGGUUUCACCUACAACCUGUACCAGCCAAUUGUCAUUUGGAGUAAUUGUAAAGCACAUAGAAACAUUGUAUGACGAACUCAUAAAAAAUUAUAAUGAAGCAAAUGAAGGUGAUAUAAGUCCAAUGGCUCAACUUCAUAAUGAUUCAGUAUACACAUUGUCUGGAAUACAUAUGCUAGAAACAGUGGCUAAACCUAUGCUGCAAAUGUUAGAAACGCAACGUGAAAGUUCGACUAAAAGAAUUCAAAGUCUUCAAACCAAACUAGAACAGUUAUCAUUGGGCAUUAAUGAUGAGCAUUAUUGUGACGGUACAAACAAAACUUACCAUGAUCAAGAAAAUAGUGAUAAUUCCGACGACAGCUUUAACAUAUCAGUACCAACAAUUAAUCAACCCAAAGAAACGAAGAAAGGGAACAAGUCCAGCAUGGUAUCCUCUCCAGUUUAA